CGUGUAACAACGAAUGCGAGCUACUGUCUGCCAUCAGCUAUGUGACAGGAGGUGCCUAGUCAUAACAAUUCACACAUAGGGCAGUGUUAAACAAGUUUAUCAGCGGAUUUAAAGUCCGAAGGAUUUUAAAGAGACAUACGGAGACGCAUGGAGCUUAGUGUCCAUUGUGAUGGGGACUGAAAUCGGAAGCUCCCUUAACGAGCUUCUCGUGUCUCUUCAAUCAUAGCUGGUGUAGCGAAUGAGACGCAGUACCAAACAGACAAGAUCACGAAAAGAUGGGUAAUUGCCUGAAACGUUCUGGCAGUGUGCAACAGGAUAACUCUACGUUGCUUGGUAACAGUCCUGACCCUGCAUCGACCAGCGGUUCAUCGCAAGAGGCCUUCGUUGGACCCGUUUUACCCUAUAACGAAACAACAGGAUCGUAUUAUCCAUCCAUGUUAAUUAGAGAACAUCGCUUACAAUCAACCGAAUUGACUAUGGGUCGUGGAAUUGGCGUUGUAGUUGGAAGUGGUAGCAGUGGAGGAGGAUCGUCUAACCUCAAUGAAGAGGAACAGCAAGUACGAAUUGCCAAAAGAAUUGGACUAAUACAGCAUCUACCUACACGCGAAUACGAUGGUACUAAAAAGGGAGAGUGUGUAAUUUGCAUGAUGGAUCUUGUGAUCGGUGAGGAAGUGCGCUAUCUACCAUGUAUGCACACUUACCAUGCAGUCUGUAUCGAUGAUUGGCUUCUUCGUUCGCUGACCUGUCCUUCAUGCAUGGAACCAGUCGAUGCUGCCCUGAUCAAUUCUUAUCAUCCAACCACUUAAUGUCAUGGAGAAAAAUAUUUGGUCUCAAGUAGCCAAUAAGCAUAAUCGACUACUUGAUUAGAGAGGUUCAAUGGAUGAAGUAUGUCCUGAAAUAAGGCUUGUGUACAGCGCUCGUUAAAUAUUUGUUACUUCGUUUGACGCAUACUCGUAUAUAGAGACGCUUUCGAAUUGAGAAUAGUAUCAUCUUGGGAAUAAGGUUGUUAUUAAAGUAAAUUCUGCAUCUUCCUUAUGACAAGGUAAUACAUUAUCUAGGGCUGGCCAUUUGCCUCUUAAUCCCCAGUUUGCGAACCUAAUUACCAUGAUGUAAAAUUGUGUUUCAAGGACAAUUAAGAUAGAGAUGACUUGAAGAUUAUAUACAGUCUGCAGGAAUUUGACGUUUUUACCCUUUUCUGACGCAUAGUUUGUAUCAGAGAUUUUUCAAUGGAAAAUUUUAAUUUGUAAUGUAUGAUUUUAGAAGACAUUUGAAAGCUUAUUAUAGUGAUACUGUGAUUCCUAUAUCAAGAUCAGGACUUAGAUUUUUAUACAGACAAGUUUAAUUUUACUGCCUGUGUUCUGCUUACUUGUAAAUCACAAGUAUCAGGUAGUAAAAAUAGACUUGUCUGCUUAAAAAUAUGAGCUGUGAUUGUUGUGCAGUCCCGACAACAUAAGGAACAUUAUGAACCAUCAGUGAUUGUUAUUGUAUGAAUAUGAUUCCUAUGAUAAGAGCGAUUACGCAUUAGGAGAUUUGAAUGAAAGUCAUCGACACUGAAACUUGGAACAUUCUUAUAUCCUCAUUGGCAAUGCAGUGCAAUAUCAGUGUUUGGCAAUAUGUGUUUAUUGGAAUAUCGGCAGGACUGAUAAUACCCACAGUGAUAAGUAAUAGAACAGCACUACUGGUAAGAAUAAAUGGCAAUGAAAUCAAUGUUAAUCAGAAAUAUUAGAGAAAUGAAAGAGAUCGCUGCUCCUUAUACAUAUACUGUCAAUCAAUUAUCUGAGUAGGUCAUUGGCAACCCUCAUAUAUAGAUGAGCUAUGCUAUUAAUGACUUCAACUAAUCCCUCAAACUAACGAAUCAAUAGAAAAUAAUGAGGAACAAAUAGAGGGCUUUUUUAAACUUUAAUAUGCGUAUUCCAUAAUGAGCCCAAACGGGUGUCAUUAUUUUGCAUAAUUUACCAAACAGUCACCCAAUACUCUAUUCUCAUCAAACCUUUGAUUCUGCUCACAGAAACAAAAUGCAAGAUAAUCGAAAUCUCCAUGUAGGUUCUGUAAAAUGAGAUGGACGUGGAUUAGGAUGAAAUAGGAAUACGUUCCAAAAUUCACUGCUGGACCCCGUGAUGGUUGCAUAUCAAGAAACUAGGUCAAGUCGCGCGCCAAGUACAAGAAGUUUUAGUCUGUUUUAUAAAUUAGAGAAUGAUGCUACCCAGUACUGGCAGUUCAUUUCGAAACGUAGCCCUAGUCGAUUAGGAGUUUGAACAGAGUUGAUCGUAACACAGUUGAUACACGACUGGCAAGCCUAUAGCGAGCUUAAAUUGCAAAGAACUUUUAACCCGGGAAUAGACAAAUAGAGUGUCAGAUACAUUCUAAUUUAAUACUUUUCAAAUAAAGAACAAAAAUGCGCGACUAUUCCCGGGUUAGUAAGACUUCUGUGAUGCGUGCGAGAAAGUCCACUUGCGAUAUUUUUCGUGCUUAUUCCAUCAAAUCGAUGCCGAAUAACUCGAAGGAUUAAAAAAGGUAGCUCGUACCAUAUUGUACACUGAGUUAUACUUAUAUUUCUAUAUCGUAAGAAAAUUCGUGCGGCAUAGCUCGAACUUGUAACCUUUUAAUUUUCUACGAAAGCUUGUCUUAUGAUAUCGCUAAGAUUAUGUUUCAACGGGGAAGAAUGAAGCUGUGAAAUAGUGAUUUAUCAAAAAAAAAAAGAAAUAAAUACACUGAUAGUGAUUUAAUACAAAUAUAAAUAUUUAGUAACAAA